GCAUAGUGUUCGCAUCUGCACUUUGGCUGGGGAAUAUGCAUCGGUGAUUGUGCAAUGCGGGGGAAAACACGCAAACGUGCGAGGACAUGAUGUCAUGCCCACGAAACGACUUGAAACCAACAUCCGAGUACAUCUCAUUACAGCACUGGCACCAUCUCCCACUUCGACAAUUGCUUCAAUACUGAACUCGAAAUAAGUGACCGGUCGCAAAUAACCAUGAAGUUCAACUGUGUCGCAUCAGCGACCCUGUGGCUUGCCGCUUGGGCAGUAGCUGGUCCCGCCCAGCAGCAUGAUGAGACACUAAGCCGGCCGAAACCGCUGAAGCAUAUUCCGACAUUUGGACUGGGGACGUGGCUUUCAGAGAAAAGCAAAGUUUCGGAUGCGGUUGAAUAUGCCCUGACGCAUGGCUACAACCACAUUGACGCGGCGCUCAUCUAUGGCAACGAAAGAGAAGUCGGCAAAGGCAUCACCAGGUCCAAGGUCCACCGCUCAGACAUCUGGGUCACCAGCAAGCUCUGGAAUGCGGACCACCGCCCUGACAGAGUCCACGAGGCGAUCGGCAAGACCAUCUCGGACCUCGGCGUGAGGUACCUGGACUUGUACCUGAUGCACUGGCCCGUCGCCUUUGUCCCGGGCGGCAGCGGGACAGAGCUUGACAACAAGACGAGCAUCCUGACGACCUGGCGGGCCAUGGAGGACGCCGUGCGGGCGGGCCUGACUCGCCACAUUGGCAUCUCGAACUUUGCGCGUGCAGACGUCGAGGCGCUGCUCAAGGAGGCAAAGAUCAAGCCGUACGCGCACGAGUUUGAGACGCACCCGUAUCUCCAGCAGCAGCACUUUGUCGAUUUCCACUCGGACAAUGGGAUCAAAGUCAUCGCGUACUCGCCGCUCGCGAACACAAACCCUACGUACGACGGAAAUAAACCGGUUGCUCCAAUCUUUGAGGAUCCGAUCUGGAGAGACAUGGCGGAGCGGAAAAAUUGCACAGUCGCGCAGGCCGUGCUGGGCUGGGGGCUGCAGAGGGGCACAGUGGUGAUCCCCAAGAGUGUGCACAAGGAGUACAUCAAGGAGAAUCUCAACGCACGAAGGGUUGACUUUACCGAGGAGGAAAUGCAGGAGAUUGCGGCCGCAGAUAAGAAGGUGAGGUUCAACGAUCCUGGGAAGGGUUGGGGGGUCAGAUUGUUCGCGGAUCUGGAUGAUCCCACGAGAUUGGAUGGUGAUGAGGAAGUAAGCGAGUUGUAGAAAGUCCGCUGGAUGGAUAGUCAUGUAUGUGGUGUGAGAGUCACGAUAUGUAAGAUGAGGUGCACAAGGACCCAGAGUUGUAGGUCACCUUGGCAAAGACAAAAGUUCUUGAAGCUAUGAUUAUGAAUGAGAC